AUGAGCUCACGCUUAAACUUCAAAUCGUUCACCUUUGGGACGAAGCGCAACAAGAACGGCUCAACCCCGCAACCUCCUCCCGUGUCGACGCUGUCCAGCCAGGGCAUCAGCACUGCGCCAUCGACCAGCACUCUCGUCGCUCCUCCCUCUUCCACCUCGCCCAGCUCCCCACCCUCCGGUCACAGUUCCUCUACCACCAGUUUACCCAUGAACAAUCAAAAUCAGUUGGGCCGCCCCCCGAGUUAUACCUACAACACGGUGGGCCGGCCCACCAGCCCGCUGCCGCCCGGCCCUCACCACCCACCCUCCAUCAAUACCAGCCUGCAGUAUUCGCAAUCUCCUAUGGGAGCGCCCCCCGGGUAUGGACUACAGCAGCCCAUGGCCCCGGGUAUGACCCCCGGUCUUCAUCAACCCCAAUACUUGCGCAACCCCGCCGUCGAGGUCGAGGGCGCUGGCCGCAGCAAGGCCCAGCUGAUCGUCGGUAUCGACUUUGGGACAACCUUCUCUGGAGUCGCCUUCGCAUUUGCGACCAACAAUGAAGCUCGGGAAGACAUCAUCACGGAGUGGCCUGGGGCAGGCACUCACACCAAACAGAAGAUCCCAACGGUGCUGUACUACGACCAAUACCAGAAGGUGGUGGGAUGGGGCCCGGAUAUUGCAGAUGCGCUGGCCCCCACUGGUUACCCCAAGCAAGGGGUCCAGAAGGUCGAAUGGUUCAAGCUCCAGCUCAUGCUCUCCGGCAAUACCUACAUCGACCCCAUCAACCUGCCGCCCUUGCCGCCGGGCAAGUCCGAGAUCGAUGUCGCCGCCGACUACCUUUUCAAGUUGCGACAGGCAAUGCGGGCCCAGCUUCAGAAGACCCUCGGUGAAGUGUUCACGCGAGAAGAACGGAACAUCCGAUACUACCUGACCGUCCCGGCCAUCUGGAACGAUGCAGGGAAGGCAGCGACUCGGGCGGCAGCUCUUCAAGCUGGGUUUCUACGCGACGAGAACGACAACCGCCUCACCCUGAUCUCGGAGCCGGAAGCAGCUGCGCUCUUCUGUGCUAAAACGGGCUUGCUGAACCUGAAAGUGGGCGACGCCAUUCUGAUCGUGGACUGCGGUGGUGGUACGGUCGAUCUGAUCGCGUAUGAAGUCGAAGAAGAGUCACCCUUCAGCGUCGCAGAAUGCACGGGUGGCUCGGGUGAUUCCUGCGGUUCCACUGCUCUGAAUCGAAAUUUCAGCAACAUCCUUAGGGCCAAGAUCCGCAAGAUGAAGCUGCCCGACGGCUCACGCACCGCCGGCAAGGUCUAUGCCAAGUGUAUCAUGGACUUCGAGAAUCGUAUCAAAGCGGACUUCCGCAACAACGGCCAAAAAUGGGCGGUAGACGUGGGAAUUGAAGCCGACUUCCCUGAUGCGGGCAUUGAGGAAGGAUACAUGACGUUCACGAAUGAAGAGAUUCUGCAGUGUUUUGAGCCGGUGGUUAACCGCAUCCUCGAGUUGGUGCGCAAUCAAAUCAUCGCGAUUCAAGCGCAGAACCGAUCGCUCCAGAACGUCCUCGUGGUGGGUGGAUUCGGUGCUUCGGAGUACCUCUUCCAGCAAAUCAAGUUGCACGUACCGCCACAAUAUCAGACCAAGGUUGUUCGACCUAUGGAUUCGGUUGCAGCGAUUGUGAAGGGUGCCGUGACGGCCGGAAUCACUGAGCGGGUGGUCACCCACCGUGUCGCUCGUCGGCACUAUCUGAUGGCAACGCUACAGCCAUUCAAAGAAGGAUAUCACCCCGAACAGUACCGAGUUCCCAGUCUUGACGGUCGCGAUCGCUGCAAAUACACGCGGCAGAUCUUCAUGCAGAAGGGCGAGCGAGUCAAGAUUGGCGAGCCGGUCAAGGUCAGCUUCUUCCGGCAGGUUGCUCCCGGCGCCACCCUCAUGUACGAGGAUAUUUUGUAUGCCUGUGACGAGGAUGUGUGUCCGGAGUACACGAAGGACCCACGCAUCAAGGAAGUCGUCACCCUCACAUCGGACCUGUCCCGCAAGAACCUGGAAACCGACUUUGAGCGCAUGGACACACCCCAGGGAACCUUUUACCGCGUUUACUUCGACAUCUACUUGACCCUCGACGGGAGCGAAUUCAGUGCGGAGCUAGUGUGCCAGGGUGAAGUAAUGGGACGCUGCAGGGCCAAGUUCCGCUAG